AAAGGAAAGAAAGGAUUUGCGGAGAAAAAUAUUUUCACUUCUCAAAGCUAUUCGGGAUAGGUUUUACAAAAUGCCCCUUCCAGCGUGCUUUGCGAACGCGGUCGAGCCGAUGCAGGUGGAUGUUCAGCCAGAAGAUAACGAAAACAACGAGGAAGAUGUGUAUAUAGUGGAAAAUCCCUCGAUAGAUCUGGAAUUGCUUGCUAAUCAGUACACGGGCCUGGCAAAACUGCAUCGCCUAAUCUAUGUGGCGGACCACUGUCCAUCGUUGCGGCUCGAGGCGCUACGGAUGGCAAUAAACUACGUUACGACGACCUACAAUGUGACACUGUACCAGCAUCUGCACAAGAAGCUGGCAGAUAAUGUUAGUGCGUUAUUCCUGCCCGACGUGACCUCCCAGUCGGGCGGGUCGCAGGAAAUACCCACCUUCGACGCGGCCUGGGUUGAGACGAAGAGUAAAAAAUCCGCCUUGAAGCUGGAGAAGCUGGACUGCGAUCUGAAAAACUACAAAGCUAACUCGAUCAAGGAAAGUAUCCGUCGAGGGCACGAUGACCUAGGCGAUCACUACCUGAACUGUGGCGAUCUUUCCAAUGCCCUUAAGUGCUACUCGCGGGCCCGGGACUACUGCACCAGCGGUAAGCACGUAGUAAACAUGUGUCUGAACGUGAUUAAAGUGUCGAUCUACCUUCAAAACUGGUCCCACGUGCUAAGCUACGUCUCGAAGGCCGAGGGCACGACGGAAAUCGCCGAAACGCACAAAGAAAAAGACCCGAACCAGGCUGUGAUCACACGGUUGAAGUGUGCGGCCGGGUUGGCCGAGCUGGCGACGCGCAAGUACAAAUCGGCCGCCAAACACUUUCUGCAGGCCAACUUCGACCAUUGCGAGUUCCCGGAGAUGAUCUCUACGAACAACGUGGCCAUAUACGGUGGGUUGUGCGCACUGGCGACGUUUGACCGACAGGAGCUGAAGAACGUCACCACCAGCAGUUCGUUCAAGCUAUUUCUCGAGCUGGAGCCGCAGUUGAGGGACAUCAUUUUUAAGUUUUACGAGUCCAAGUACGACUCGUGCUUGAAGCUGCUGGAUGAAAUCAAGGACAAUCUCCUGCUGGACAUGUACAUCGCACCGCACGUGAACGCGCUCUACACACAGAUACGCAACCGGGCGCUGGUGCAGUACUUCAGCCCGUACAUGUCGGCCGAUAUGCGCAAGAUGGCCACUGCGUUCAACCGCUCGGUGGCGGCACUGGAGAACGAGCUGAUGCAGCUGAUCCUGGACGGGCAGAUACAGGCGCGAAUUGAUUCGCACAAUAAAAUUCUGUAUGCCAAGGAGGCUGACCAGCGGAGCGCCACGUUCGAGAAGGCGAUCAAUGUGGGCAAGGAAUUUCAGCGCCGCACACGCAUGCUUAUUCUGCGGGCGGCCAUGGUUAGGCGUCACAUUCAUGUGAAGAAUCAGCCACGCGAAAGCAGUGCUCAUGGUGCGGAAAUUUGUGUCCCGGCCAGUGGUUUGCUGGCGCGCAAUUGAGUAAAUCUGACCGAGGAAGACUUUUUCGUUCGCUUCAAAAGAAAAUCCAAAUAAGAAUACUUACGCCCUUGACAGUGCUAGAAAGGGAGGGAUUGUGGGAACACAGGCAUUGUGGUUUAAAAAGCAAAAGUAACUUAGCAAUAGUACUGAAGGCGAAACGAAAGCAUUAAUACCAUUUUCGCAACGCAACAUGUUAUCAGUUCAGUGCAUAUUUAAGUAAACGCCACUUAAUUUCGUGUGUUACGCUUCCUCACCAUCAGUGACAAUUUCGGAAUGGUUUGUGUUUUCAAAGGCAACUCAUUGAAUUCAGUU